UGGCCAUGAUUUAACACCAUUAUUUGUCUUGCAGCUUGACGGAGACAAACGACCACAAGACGGCAAUUCAAGUUCUAUUGUGAAAGAAAAAUGAUGGAUACGUGUUCAGUAUAAAAGGAUACCGGUGCAGGAUGCCUGUGGAGAUACGGUCAAUCAGACGCAGAAGUGCAGUGGGUCGGUUUCCAUCUGUCACGCUCGGAUUUGAGGAGGACACAGAGGAAGAAAAAGAACAACCGGAAGAAAACAAUGUUCAGACGGAUAAUGCAUGUAAGCGGUGGCUGCGGAAGGUCUGUCCGUGCUGCUGUCCCAGGACAAAGGACGAUGACGUCACAGAUACAGUGGUCACUGGGAUUGAUGAGCUGGAUAAGGAGGACGGGAUGGAUGAGGUGAAGCCUGGGACCGAUGACAUCGAGCUUGAUGAAUUCCUCACAGUGCAAUCAAUAGACCUGACGAAAAGCAAAUCAGGGGCGGACCGCAUGCAGCAUCACACACAUCUCUACCAGAGUGAAAACUUCAUUGUCCGCAGAGGGCAGACCUUCCAGAUGUGGAUUACCCUGUCUCGUCCCUUUGACCCCAGCACCGACAAACUUCACCUGGAGCUCAAAACAGGGCCACUGCCAUCAAUGUCGAAGGGAACCCAUGUAAUCAUCCCUUUGGUGGAAGGGUUGGAGGAUGGACAUUGGGAGGCUGCUGUUGUGGAACAGGCUGACAAAAGGAUGAAGCUGUCGGUUAAUUCUCCACCCACAGCGGCCAUUGGCCGAUAUCAACUCACGGUGGAGACAACUUGCCCAAACGGCCAGGCCAUGUCCACACACGACCCUGCCAAUGACAUCUACAUGUUGCUGAACCCCUGGUGUGAAGACGACAAAGUGUUCAUGGACUCUGAAGAGGAGAGGCAGGAGUACGUGCUAAAUGAUGUUGGACUCAUCUACUACGGCACGGAGAAACAAAUAGGAAUGAGGACCUGGAACUAUGGGCAGUUCAAUGAUGGGAUGCUAGCCGCCUGCCUCUUUGUCCUGGAAAAGAGUGGAACCCCUCCAUCUGGUUGGGGAGACCCGGUUAAUGUGGUGCGAAUUAUCUCCGCCAUGAUCAACUCCCCUGAUGACCUUGGUGUGGUGGAGGGAAACUGGUCAGGGAACUACUCAGCUGGGACUAGUCCUACAACGUGGAGUGGGAGUGUGGAAAUCCUGAAGGAAUACCAUAAAAACAGCGGCGCUCCCGUCAAGUACGGCCAGUGCUGGGUGUUUGCUGGCAUAUUCACUACAGUGUUACGGUGUUUGGGCGUCCCCAGUCGAACUGUGACCAACUUCAGCUCCGCUCAUGACACAGACGUCUCCCUGACGACAGAUGUUUACUUGGACGAGAACCUGGACUCUAUAGAGCACCUCAAUGCCGACUCUGUCUGGAACUUCCACGUGUGGAACGACUGCUGGAUGGCUCGUCCCGACUUGCCUCCAGGAUACGGAGGCUGGCAAGCAGUUGACGCCACGCCCCAGGAGACCAGCCAAGGCACCUUCCGCUGUGGCCCUGCUUCUCUCACCGCCGUCCGCAAUGGUCAGGUCUACCUCAAACACGACUGUCCCUUUGUGUUUGCUGAGGUAAACAGUGAUAAGAUCUACUGGCAGAGGAAUAUUGAUGGGACCUUCAGUCAAAUCUACAGUGAGAAAAAGACUGUGGGCCACAACAUCAGCACCAAGGCUGUCGGCUCAGAAGAACGCAGUGACAUCACACACCUCUACAAACAUCCGGAAGGCACAGAGGAGGAACGCAUUGCUGUGGAAACUGCCUGCCGCUACGGCACCAAGGCGGAGGCCUAUUCUUCUCCGACGGCGGAGGACGUCUCCAUAGAAGUCACCAUGGACGGCGAGGGUCCCAAAAUGGGAGGGGAUGCGGAUCUGACCAUCAUGUUGCAAAACAACAGUGCAGAGCAACGCACCAUCAUCCUGCACAGCCAGGCGGCGGUCAUGUACUACACCGGUGUCCACAAGGCCAUGAUCAGAAAAGACGUCACAGACAUAGAUGUGCUGCCCAACGAGGUUAAGGUUUUGGAGUGGUCCCUGGAGUACACAGACUACAAGAACCAACUGAUAGAUCAGGCCGCCCUGAUGCUGACACUGUCAGGCAGGGUGAAAGAAACUCAGCAGGUCCUGGCCACUCAGUUCAGCUUUCGACUCAGGACUCCAAACCUCACCAUAACGCCGGUCGGGAAGGCCGCGGUAGGACAGAGGAUGGCGGUGACGAUUUCGUUCACAAACCCACUGCCGCAGGUGCUGAAGGCAGUGAUAUUCCACUUCGAAGGACUGGGCCUCCUAACUGCUCGAAAGAUUACCUAUGGAGAUAUUGGCAGCCAUGCCUCCGUGUCUCUAACUGAACACUUCGUCCCCACCCUGCCCGGACCAAGGAAAUUACUGGCUUCAUUGGACUGCAAGCAGCUCACUCAGGUUCACGGUGUGACAGACAUCACGGUGGAGGGGGAAAGCAAUGGCGCUUCAUAGCCAUUUGAAAACAGAGACACUUUUAUUCCCUCAAUAAAUUCACCGACUCUAUUUCAUUUUCUAACUUUAAUAUUUUUUACAUAACUUAUAUGAUAUGAUAUAUAUAUAUAUAUAUAUAUGAUAUAUCUUUAAGAUAUGACACCGCUUUACUGUGCAUGAGCAUUUUAAAAUGACCAAAGAAAGAUGACUAAUCAUGAAACGUCGAAGAAAAAAAUGCAGCAUCUGUGGGAUUUCAUCUCAAAAUAGACAGAAAUCUUAUAUCUUAUAUGAAACCCAGUAUGAGCUAACGUCAAGUUGUUUUUACAUUUUCAUGUGGAUUGAAGAUCUUGUGAGACGGUUCCACAAUAUGCAGGCGUAUAACUAGUCCCGCAGUGGUGUCACAACGUGGAAGCUUCAACGAAAGAAUCGUGCUUCUGUAAAAUCCAGCUCUCUAUGUGUUAUAUUUGUAUAUACCAAAUAUUUAUUUUGUUUACAUCGCCAUGUGACAAUAAGAAUUACCUUCAUCAGAAAUGUCUCAAUAUUGCUGCCAACGGUGACUUAUUGACCCAACAUUAUAAAGCUUGUCUUUGUCGUUGACAUCCUGCGUCAUGGAGUGUUUGGUUGCGAUGGAACCCUUGGUGGCUGCCAAUUGUUGCGCCGCCAUGUUAGAGGGUGAACAGCCAAACGGCGCUGAGGCACUGAGACUCUGUAUUGUGGUUUGGUUGGGCGCUCAACCCGCUCUGGAAGGUCGUUUUAACAGUGUGCUAAGUACAGUGAGCCACCAAGGCAAAGACAUGUUGUCUGUUGACAAUAAAACACAGAGUAGAGCGGAGAAGGACCCUUAAGCGUCCGUAGAACAAGCAACACAAUACGUAUCUUCCAUAAAAACUUCCUCUAAGAGUCAGUGUGUUGGAUUUAGUGGCAUCUUGUGGUGAGGUUGCAGAUUUCAACCAUCUGAAAUUGGUUCUCUGAAGAUGCUCGAUCAGAGUUAGUGGAACUAACAUGUCACACCUUCUUUAUUUUCUGUCCAACUGACAGGUUCUGUUUUGGCUCUCUGCUGUUGCAAAGUUCCUGUCAGCAACACGAGUGUGGUGGUAUAAAGUUAAUGUUAAUAAAUGAUGAUUCAGGUCGUGUUUUACGCAUGGCGGAUAGACAUUGGAGGGGUUCCCAUCAGGAAUCUCAUGCUGCAUUCAUGAAGUGGAAGGUGGGAGCGUUCAACUCCGAUUUCAUAACCUCCCACCAAACUCAAAGGUGUUUAAAUUUUGAACAAAGUCAAAGCCAAAAACAGAAUUGCAUUUGGGUCUCAGCUGAUAGUGCCAAGGCUAAAUAGAUGGAAUGCAGUUUCAUCACACAGACGAGUAGAAGAAACACUGUGAAGCAUUGUGAAGCAUUGUGGAAGACAUCAUACCAGAGGUGUUAAAAAGUGGGAGGCCCCAAACGACUUCAGAGGAGGCUCCGAGAAUGGAGGUGAAAAAAAGAUUACAUUAAUGUAUAAAGGAGAUUAUCUAAAAUAUAUUAAAUGUAUGCGAUUUUGUUAAAGAGAUACAAUAGCAUUGGGAAAUGAAACUGUUUUUAUCACUUCCCCAGAGUCAGACACUCAUAAAUGCCCAAGAAAAGACAAUUUUAAUGAAUCUGGUGCAGGUUUAAGCUGUGUAACAGUAGGCCAUCUUUGCUUGGUAGUCUCUUUGGGGCCGAAUAUCAUGAUCAUUACUGUAUAGGCGUUCAGAAAAUACCAAGCAAGUAAAUCCAGCAUGGGGUGAGGAGGUGCCUUUUCUGAGGCUUUGUCUGAGGGGAAGCCACGGUCUCCGACUUUGUAAAACCUCCGCAGCAAACCAUUCCUUUUAACAAGGAGAAGAAAAAAGUCGACACAAAUGAAAGUUACUGAGCAACAGUUGAGACAUUCUUGCCACAAUUUGGAGAAAGGUCUUGUGCCCCGAAACCCCAUGCAGGCAUGUGUUUCUGCCAUUCGGAGUUUGCUGCCACUGGCAUGUGACUGACAGGUCAAAAUAAUGAGUAUUUCCGUGAAGCAAAAAAGCCCAGUUUAUAACCACACCUAACCACCUAACUUCCAUGGGUGUUCAUAACAUCCACAACUGUGCUGUUAGUCUAUUUUGAUAAGAUGAAUGGGCAUCGAAAAUGGGAACGCAAGCAUUUUAUGAUCACGCACAUGUGUACAAUCACAUGUUCAAAAAGCGCAUGCAUAAUCAAUUACAUUAGUGAUGACUCUGUUGCAUGUCGGUCCCCAGGGAAGCUGGGUCCGUAGAAGGCAAGAUCGGGGUCCUGCUCCCGGUGCAGCUACGUGGAAUGAAGUCAUUAUUAAUGUUGUUGCACAUAUGUGUUUCAUAAAUCAAAAUGUCCUGUGUGCCUGAUAUACACUGGCCGUGAUAUCAAAAUGCUAUUUAAGUUAUGAUCCUGGUAUGUUUCAAAAAUUGUACUUCGUCGUGAUACUGCGUCAGACUGUAUUAUAUUACAAUUAGGUCUGUGUAUCCCAUUUACAUAUGUAUUACAAGAGCAAAAACACAUACAGUUAUUAUUUAUUACAGGAUAGUUGUUUCUAAUUCCCUCAUGAGGAGAGAAUGAAUUGUGCAUGUGUCAGGCCUGUACCAUGCAUGGAGAAAUUCUUUGAAGCGUGCCAUUAAUAAUUUUGUUAGUCUUGAAUGUGUGAGGCAAAGACAAAGCUGUUUUCUUGAUGUGAUGUAUUUCUCAGGUUGCACAUUAUGUUCUCUGUCAAAUCCACACUGGAUAACACUCUGUUAAUAUGGAUCACCCAUGAAUGAAAGAACGAACGAAUGCCUUUUACUUCUGCUAAACCUUACAACAGCCUAUUAUUGUUUUCCAUUGAUGAUGUAACAGCAAGCAGCAGAAGAGAGGGGGGCUUCCUUUUAUUCCGAGGCCUGGUGACGGCUCCUGUGACUGGAUCUGUCAGUUUUAUACAGCAGGUGCCAAAAUUCACAUCAGCGUGUUUGUAGGGAACUGUCGCCGUUGUUUUUAUAUUUGCUCUCUGUUGCCUUCAUGCGUUUUGACAUUAAUUCCCUAAAACGCAUAACAUCAAUUUAGUGAUUUGUGCAGACCUCCUGUGGCGAGAUGGCACAGACUGCAGGAGGAAAUGAAAAGGCGUGCUUUGCACUUUGAUCAGUUCUAUCAUGGCCACUGAGCUAAUCUUUCUGUCUCGUGUUUUUGCUAUGAGUAAUAAAUCAAUUCAUUCAUGA